CCGGCUCCCGCUGCCGCCGCCGCCCGGACCCAGAAGAUGUACCCCAGAAUCCCUCUGCCCCCAAUGCUGCCGCCACUGCUGCUGCUGCUGCUGGCCCCAGUCCCCGGAGUGCAGUGCUGCCCGACAGGCUGCCAGUGCAACCAGCCGCAGACGGUCUUCUGUGCCGCCCGCCAGGGAACCACAGUGCCCCGGGACGUGCCCCCUGACACGGCAAGCCUUUACGUCUUCGAGAACGGCAUCACCACACUCGAUGCAGGCAGCUUUGCCAGCCUGCCAGGGCUGCAGCUCCUAGACCUGUCACAGAACCAGCUCGCCAGCCUGCCCGGCGGGGUCUUCCAACCACUCGCCAACCUCAGCAACCUGGACCUGACUGCCAACAGGCUGCGCGAGAUCACCAACGAGACCUUCCGCGGCCUGCGGCGCCUAGAGCGCCUCUACCUGGGCAAGAACCGCAUCCGCCACAUCCAGCCCGGAGCCUUUGACACACUAGACAGCCUCCUGGAGCUCAAGCUGCAGGACAACGAGCUGCGGGCCCUGCCCCCGCUGCACCUGCCGCGCCUGCUGCUGCUCGACCUCAGUCACAACAGCCUCCCGGCCCUGGAGCCUGGCACCUUGGACACUGCCAACGUGGAGGCACUGAGGCUGGCCGGCCUGGGACUGCGGCGGCUGGACGAGGGGCUCUUUGGCCGCUUACGCAACCUCCACGACCUGGAUGUGUCCGACAACCAGCUGGAGCGAGUCCCGCCGGCCAUCCGGGGCCUCCGGGGGCUGACGCGCCUGCGGCUGGCCGGUAACACCCGCAUUGCCCAGCUGCGGCCCGAGAGCCUGGCCGGCCUGGUGGCCCUGCAAGAGCUGGACCUGAGCAACCUGAGCCUGCAGGCGCUCCCACACGAGCUCUCUACCCUCUUCCCCCGCCUGCGGCUCCUGGCGGCCGCCCGCAACCCCUUCAACUGCGUGUGUCCCCUGAGCUGGUUUGGCCCUUGGGUGCGGGAGAGCCGCGUGGCACUGGCCAGCCCGGAGGAGACACGCUGCCACUUCCCACCCAAGAACGCUGGCCGGCUGCUCCUAGACCUUGAAUAUGCUGACUUUGGCUGCCCAGCCACCACCACCACGGCCACGGCACCCACCACAAAGCCCAUGGCUUGGGGGCCAACUCUCUCACCUUCCAGUCCAGCUCCCACCUGGCUCAGCCCCACGCAGCCUGCCACGGAGGCCCCCAGCCUGCCGCCUGCCGCCCCACCCACUCUGGGAGCUCCCCCGAGGCCCCAGGACUGCCCAGCGUCCAUCUGCCUCAACGGGGGCACCUGUCACCUGGGAGUGCACGGCCACCUGGAGUGCCUGUGCCCUGAGCUCUUCACGGGCCUCUACUGCGAGAGCCGGGUGAGGCAGGGGCCCCAGCCCAGCCCCGCCCCGGCCACGCCGGAGCCGCCGCAGCCCCUGCCCCUUGGCAUCGAGCCAGCGAGCCCCACCUCCCUGCGUGUGGGGCUACAGCGCUACCUGCAGGGCAGCACCGCGCAUCAGGAGCCUCCGCUCACUUACCGUAACCUGUCAGGCCCCGACAAGCGGCCGGUGACGCUGCCUGCUGCGCUUGCUGAGUACACAGUCACCCUGCGGCCCAACGCCACCUACUCCAUCUGCGUCAGGCUUCUGGGGGCCGGCGGGUGCCCGAGGGCGAAGAGGCCUGUGGGAGGCCCGCACACCCCAGCCGUCCGCUCCAACCAUGCCCCUGUCACUCAGGCCCGGGAGGGCAACCUGCCGCUCCUCAUCGCUCCCCUGGCUGCAGUGCUCCUGGCCGCACUGGCUGCCGUGGGGGCAGCCUACUGUGUGCGGCGGGGGACGACGGCAGCGGCUGCCACUCACGGCAAAGGACAGGUGGGGCCAGGGACUGGGCCCUGGAGCUGGAGGGGUGAAGGCCCCUUGGAGCCGGGCCCCAAGGCGACUGAGGGCGGUGGGGAAGCUCCACCCAGUGGGCCGGAGUGUGAGGUGCCUCUCAUGGGCUACCCGGGGGCCAGCCCCCAGGGGCCCCUCCCCACUAAGCCCUACAUCUAA